AAACUUGUUGCUGGAUCUUGCGGACGCGUUGAUCCCGCACACAGCCAAAAGCGGCUAAGCCGAGUGUGUGUGUUCCAGUCAAUGUGCUUCCAGCGCGCGCACACUUCAUCAGUAUCGGAGGGUCGCGCACGUUUUGAAGAGGAGCAAGGAGCCAAAAGGUGCACCAUCGCUUCAUCGCAGAGCGAACAUCCACCGGCGGAGUCGAGGAUGCUGUCACACCGCACCGUGGUUGUGGCGUGCGGGUAGUGCACGUCUCGCAGCCCCGGGACCAGAACCGGAACCGGGAACACGUCGCUCCGGUGCUUUGGCAGGAGUUAGUGCACUUUACAAGCAAGCCGGACGACUUUCUUUACGCCUGCACUGCAAUUAGUGACAUUCUAAUGGACAAUAUCUUUUUUUAAUUUUUUUUUUAAUUGAAGCUACAAAGACAGUUUUAACAAUACGGCCGAAAUGGGACUUUUUUAACUAUGCCAUUAUGGGACUUUAUACAAAAGGAGCUGUGGGUACUUUAACACCUGAUUGGAUUAAGGAAUAAUAGGGCAGCAUUUUUAAUUUCUCAAAUUUACUCAUUAUUAUUUUUUGUGUGCGCUUCUCUCAAUUUGGUACAGACAUGUCUUUGUGCCAUCACUACGCCGUACAAAUACGCGCACGAAACUUUGGUGUAUCACUAGAGAGGCGGGCGGCGAGGUAAAUUCAAUUAUUAUAAAUGCAUUUUUAAAGAAGUAAAAACAGAACUUUUUUGAUUAGUUCAGACUUUUAAAGCUCACUGAAUUGUAGUUUGCAUUGCUGUUGGGAACGGACUGCUUAACAGUCUGCCCAAUAAAUUGCAAUCUCACGAUCAUGUGGGAUUCAUGUUAGAGUAUUAUGUUUGGGCUGGAAAAGUUCGGUUCUCAGAAUAAUAGCAGAAACCCCGGCCAGUCAGAGAGACAGAAAAACCAACCGAGACUGAACAUGGGCUCCCAUUAUAAAAGCACCAGUUUUCACACUGGAGGUCCACCUGGAGCUGUGGAGCCCAGCAUGGGCCCCAUGAGUGACCCGCAGAUGCUGGGACUUAACAUGAACAUGAACGGAGAACAGUAUGGAGGUUUUCACUCCAGGAGUCACUCCGACAUGCAUGCGAGCGGUGGACUUCAGCAGCAGCAAGGACCCAUGCAUGGAUUUUUUAACAACCAGCAACCUCAUCAAGGACAUCCUCACGGCCAUCAACCUCACCCCCACCAACAUCACCCUCACUUCAGUGGGAAUUUUGGAGGCCCGGAGCCAGGGUCAUCAUGCCUGCAUGGUGCCAGGCUAAUGGGCUACAAUAACAAUGCCAUGGGACCGCAGCAGGGCUUUGGAGAGGGAUUUGAUCCUCUUGCUGAGGGACAGGCAGGGGAUGGCUUCCCACAGCAGCAACAGCAACAGCAGCAGCAGCAGCGGCCUGGUAACAUGCCUGAUUUCCAACAUCACGGUCCUCCCAGUGGCAGCCAUGCUGUUCCCGCUCCCUGCCUUCCCCUAGACCAGUCACCUAACAGGGCAGCCUCUUUCCACGGUCUGCCUUCAUCCUCCUCAUCCUCUUCCGAUUCUCACAGCCUUGAGAACAGACGGAUGCCCAACCAGGGAGCUGUGGAGGGAUUAGAUUAUAACUUCCCCAGUGAUCCCCCGUCUGGACAUUUUGACGUACCUGUAUUUUCACCGACUGAGUCAGAGUCGCAGUUGCCCCAUUUCGGCCCCGGAAGGCCAGUACCCGGUGGGAAUUUUCCAGGAAACCCUGGCAUCCCUCGGGCGCCGGGCAUGCAGGGCAUCUCCAAGGGACAUCAACCUCCACCUCCCCAGCAGCCUCAACAUGGAAUCUUUUUUGAGAGAUUUGGAAAUGGCCGGAAGGUGCCUGUGGGAAUGGACCCGGGGGUCAAUGCGAGACAUCCUCUCAUGCAACAGCAACAACAGGCUGCCUUGAUAGCGAGACAGAACUCCUGUCCCCCUGGCCUCCCCCGACCCCCUCAGGCCGAGUCUGGCACCGGUAACCCGAACAUUCUGGACGGAGGGGUCAUGAUGAGUGGCCAACACAAUCAGUUUGAAUAUCCCAUUCACAGACUGGAAAAUAGGGGUCUGCAUCCCUAUGGAGACCCUAUGUUUAAUAUGCAACAGCAAGCUCCCCUUCCCUCCCAACAGCCCCCAAAUCAGAGACUACAACACUUUGACGCUCCUUAUAUUAACAUGGCAAAAAGACCUAGAUUUGACUUUCCAAACGCGCAUGGGGGUGAAGGAUGGUGCGGUGGCAUGGAAAAUCACCUCUCUCCCUCUUCCUACCCAGGGCUGCCAGGUGACUUCACCCCACCUGUGAAUGAAGGUUUCCCGCCGGGUCCGCUACAACACACGGGGCCUGAGCAGCAGUCUUUACAGCAGCGACAGAAUGCAGCCAUGAUGAUCAAACAGAUGGCUUCCCGCAACCAGCAGCAAAGAAUGAGGCAGCCCAGUCUGCAGCAACUCGGUCACCACGGUGACGUGCCGCCUGGCUCACUGGGUCAUGGAGGUCCGGUGGGGGGCAUGCCUCAGCCCAACUUUGACAGGGAAAAUGGAGGUCGAAUGGCCAGUGUUGAUGGGCAAAAUCCGCACGUAAACCAGGAGAACUCCUGGUUUCAAGGGUCCCACCCUCCUGGAGAGAUGAUGUCACGGCGUAUGGGAGGAGCAGGCAAUGACUCAGGGCCCCAUGACAUGGGACUCCAGCAGAAUGGGCCUGGCAUGAUGUUUAGGCCAGGUAUGGCCAUGCAGGAACCCAUGAGGAUACCCGGAGAUGGACAUGUGCAGGCUCUCCAUUCUCCGGGCUUGCACUCGCAGUUCAGCGGCAACAUGGGCAACCUCUCCCAAAUGCAGUCUCCGGGAGCAGGAACAGGACAUCCGAAUGCACCACCAGCAGAGAGGCGACCGCCUGAAUUCCCUGCACCUCCGAUGGGAGCGCAACCACCGUUCGCCUAUGGAGGGGCAAAUCGUCAGGGGCCAGCUCACAACGUUCCCCAGGGGGUGAACACCUCACCAGGGAGCUACCCUCCUCAGUCUGAGUUCCCCUCAGGCCAGCGGUCGUCUGUUAGCAAGCUUGGUGCUCUGUCCCUUGGGAAUUUCAACAAAACCAGCGCUAAAGACAGUGUCUUUGGCCAGAGCUGCCUGGCGGCCCUUUCGACGGCGUGCCAGAACAUGAUCGCAAGCCUAGGGGCUCCCAACCUCAACGUAACAUUCAACAAGAAAAACCAAAAUGAGGGCAAGCGAAAACUGAGUCAGACAGAGCAGGACAUUAAUAGCAGCACAUCUAACGGGACUGGCAGUGCUGCGCCUGAAUAUUUUCAGAGCGGCACUUCUCAGAACAACCAGCUGCCUGGCACUGGGAAUAGCAACUCUAAGCCUGCAAGUCAAAACCAGACGGUGCAGGGGGAAGCCAGUGCCCUCUCCCCAAAUUACAACAUGGACGCUACCCCGUGCAGUGAGGGGAAGGCGACAACAGGGAGUGGGAGAGGGAGAGGGAGGAGAAAAAGAGACAGUGGACAUGUGAGCCCUGGAAUUUUUUUUUCCUCUGAAAAUGGAAACCCUGUUGUGAGUCCAGGCCAGCAAACCCCUGCAGCUGGUGUUGGGGAGAGGGGUGGGGGCACGCCACAUGAGAAACACCUGCAUUCACCCUCUUGGGGGAAAGGAGGUGACCUAAUGUUGGGGGACCAGGCCGACCUGAUGUCUUCUCUGGACAGCGGCAUUCAAAGUGUCGCCAAGUCUGACAGCAGCUCGCCCCGUGUGGACUUUCCUGAUGAUGUCAGCGCCCAUUUUGGCAAUGAGGAAGAGGUGUCCUCCAGCUCAGAUGCGGCAGGCUCCUCGGUCAAUAAGUCCCAUCGCAGCCCGAUGAUCGGGGGCUCGCCUAAAAUCCAAGUAAACGGACAGAAGACCUUAGGCAUAGGCAUCACCAAUCAUACUACCUCGACAGCGGACAGCUAUGGACUGAGUGCUGGUGGAGCCACGGGCGGAAGUGGGGUGAGCCAUCCAGGUACGCCAGGGGUGGAGCAGGUACGCACCCCAUCCAGCACCUCUGGCCAGGACGAAAUCCACCCUCUGGAGAUCCUGCAGGCCCAGAUCCAGCUGCAAAGGCAGCAGUUCAGCAUCUCGGAAGACCAGCCCCUGGCCAUGAAAAACGGCAAAAAGAACGGCGAUUGUCCCUCUCACAAUGGAGACAACGAGCUGGCAAGCUGCAGCCCCGAUGCUGGGAAGGGUUCAAUGGGCACUAUUGACCUUGACACACUAAUGGCAGAGCAGCACGCCACCUGGUACGUGCCCAGUGACAAGGCCAUGAUGGACGGGUCCGAAGAUGACAAGUCCAUGGGACUCUGGGAAAAAAACAAGAGCCAAAACAACAACAAAGAAGGCGUAGAGAGAGGUGGGGGCGCACAGCGAGCUGCGUCUGGAUUCGGGGGGUAUAUAGUACAUUGUUUAGAAUCUGAGCUGUCCCAGAGUAAAGCUGGAGUCGGGACCCCAGGGGCCAGUGGAGGAGGCGGCGGCGGGGGAGGGGGAGGAGGAGGAGGAGGAGGAGGGAACCACCUUCAGUGCCUGUCUGUCCACUGCACAGAUGAGCUGGGGGACAGUAAGGGCAGAGGAGGGCCCGUUUCUUCUUGGCGCUCUCUCCACUCUGAUAUUUCCAACCGAUUUGGGACAUUCGUGGCAGCACUGACUUGAAUAAAAAGCUGUCCCAUCACAAAGGAAGAGGACAAACUAAGAUCAGAGACAAAUGACAAUGAAUGAUGAGGAUCAAAUGUGGAAAGUGCAGGCAUCACUUGCCUGUUCAGGGAGAGAAUGACUUUCACAUACAAAUGCAAAAACAUACACGCACACAUAAGCAGACAUACAUACAAAUAUCAUUUUAUUGUCAAACAUGCAGUCACUCACUAAGACACCGCUGGACAUCACAGCGUGGGCUCGACUCAUCGACGCCCCAUCUGGAAAACCUCAAUCCUACAUGUAUAUUUUUUUUCUUGGCCUUUUUUUCUGUGGGGGAGGGAGGGGGGUUGUUUUGUUUUAAAGAAAAGUAUAAACUUGUCAAUGAUUAUGACAUAGCAAAAGCAGAUAUAUUCAGUUGCCACUGGCUGUAAUUGUGUAGCGGUGUUGACACGUGAUGUAAUUGGCAGGCUGAGGUUUUUUUUAUGAUGUUAGUAGAUAUGGCCUUUCUGCUCACUCACUUACACGUAGAGCUCUAAUGUAAAUAUAUAUGAACCCGUUGUAAGCAACUGUUGCCCAAAAACUUUGAUCAGACGGUCCUAUCUUGAUUAUUUUUGUCCAGAAGUGGAAUUUAUACAGAAGCAUAACUGAAGAUGGAUGAAUAUGCAUGAAUGUAUGUUUUUUUUUAAGGGGGGGGGGGGGGGGGGGGGGUUGUUGUGUUUUGCCUCCAUGUCCAAGCAACUUUGUACCGCUAUCAUUGCUGCUGUUCAUUUAUGUUGUAAGAAACUUCUUCUCUCAUAUUCAUGAGCUCAACCUUGUAUACAAUUCAGCCAAUGGGAACUGAAAUGGAGGCAUUUGCAUUGUUUUAAUAAGGGAAUUGAAAAAAAUGGCUAUUGGUAUUGCACAUGUAUAAUAAGAUUUAAAAAAAAAAAUGCUGUGUGUUGGGCAAUCUUGUAAUCUUUAAAUAAAGCUUCUGUUUGAAUUUCUGAAACAAUAGAUGGAGGACUGUGACAGCAAUUUAUGAACUGAUUUUUUUGUUUACUUUUUAAAAGAUAAGUAAAGUGCAGUCGUCUGUUUUCCUGCAUAUUGUAUAUAUCUGUAUAUGUUUUAUUGAGUAACUAAAUAACAAUAAAUAUGACGUUAAAGGUGGAA